ACUGUAGCAGUAUAGCAACCAAACUUAUUGUAAAAUAUAAUAUUUUGAAUUUACUUAUUUGUGUUUAUUUUUGGUACUUACUUGUGUUUUUAUAAUUAGUAAAAUAUUUUAUUUAGUUUAAAUUACUUGUUUAGCAUCUCUUUUUUAAGUUAAAUUAAGUUAUGAUUCAUAAAUGUAAAAAAUAGCUCGCAUGUCUCGUGAGCUCAACUAUCAACAUAUAAAAGCCUACAAUGAAGCAAGAGUUAGUGAAGAGCAUCGUACUGAGCAACGAAAAAAAAAUUUAUUAAUACUGGUUUUACAUUUUCUCUAUGAAGAAGGGUAUUUAGAUUCAAAGCGAUGUCUUGAAGCUGAGGCUGGUGAUAACCUAAAAAAGUUUCAACUGUGUGACAAUGUUGAUCUUCAAACAAUUCUUCAAGAAUAUGAGUCAUAUUACUAUGUGAAAUUUAAUAAAUAUCCGAAAAUCACCAAAAAAGUUCAAGAAGUGAUAUCAAAUAAAAGUCAACCUGUUCAUAAGUCACAAAAAAGUAAGAGUUCGUUCUCAUUGCCAAGUAUUUUGAGUCCAACAUCUAAUCAUGACUCUAAAAGAUGUUCUUCUUCAAAAUAUCCUAGUCAGGCGUGUCCAUCCUUAAGUAAUUUUUUGACAAAAUCAAAAGUAUCAAAGGAGGAUUUAACAAAAGAGUUAUCCGACCAUGCAAAUCCUCUAGAAGUUUGUGGAGUUUCUGGAAUAUCUUUAAAUCAGAAGUAUUGUAAAGAAAAGCAGCAGAAGUUAGUUGACUGUAAUUCCAUACUUUCAAAUACAUUAAAAGAAAUGACGUUAAGUGAUGCCGAAAUUUCAAAUACUCGUUUAAUAAAGCCAUUGUCAGGAUAUACUGGAUUUACUGGUGAAUUUCGUGAACUUGCAGCUAUUGUAUCCAGAGAUAUUUAUCUUGAAAACCCCAAUGUUCAUUGGAAUGAUAUCAUUGGUUUAGAUAGCGCAAAAAGAUUAGUGAAAGAAUCUGUUGUGUACCCUAUUAAAUAUCCACAAUUGUUUACUGGAAUACUUUCUCCAUGGAAAGGUCUUUUAUUAUAUGGACCACCAGGUACUGGCAAAACAUUACUUGCCAAAGCAGUUGCAACAGAGUGCAAUACAACAUUUUUCAAUAUAUCUGCAUCAUCAAUUGUAAGCAAAUGGAGAGGAGACUCAGAAAAGCUUGUUCGAGUGUUGUUUGAAUUGGCUCGUUUCCAUGCUCCUUCUACUAUUUUUCUUGAUGAACUUGAUUCAAUUAUGGGACAAAGAGGUUCGGUGGAUGGAGGAAAUGAACAUGAAGGAAGUCGUCGAAUGAAAACAGAAAUUUUGAUUCAAAUGGAUGGCCUCUCAAAGACUGAUGAUCUUGUUUUUCUACUAGCUGCUUCAAAUAUUCCUUGGGAAUUAGAUUAUGCAAUGUUAAGACGUUUAGAAAAACGCAUUCUUGUAGGCUUGCCUAAUGAAGAGGCAAGGUUAAAGAUGAUUAAACAUUUCUUGCCAGAAAGCAACGAGUCUUCAAAUUUUAGUCAUGUUACUUCGCGUCUUAAUUAUCAACUGCUGGCCGAGAAAAUGGAGGGCUAUUCUGGCUCAGAUAUUCGUUUAGUUUGUAAAGAAGCUGCAAUGCAACCUGUUCGAAAAAUAUUUGAUGUGUUGGAAGAUUUUAAAGAUGGGUGCAUCUUACCAGAAUUUCGAAUAGAUCCGAUUACGACGUGUGAUUUCGAAUCUGCUUUAGAGCGUACCAAACCUUCAGCAAAGAAUCUGUUAUCAAAGUAUGAAGAAUGGAAAGAUAAAUUUGAGUCUUCAUGAAAAUGUAUUUAGUGUAAAUUUAAAAAUUUAUUUUUAUCUUAACUUAUAAUAAAUAUUUAUAAAAUAUUCAAGUAUUCAACAAAAAAUUUUAUUAA